ACUUCACUUUCCAUUGUUUUCUUUGACUCUGGACUUUGGGUGAAAAUAAAACACACAAAACUAUAAAUUCAUAUUCUGGAUGUAUUCUGGUCGGUUUAGUUCAUCGCCAACAGUCGGUCUGCAUAGACGUAUUUUUCGCUUGCUCCGCUUCGUGUUUACAAAAUCAAUUCGUAAAUAGAAAAUAUUUUUUUGUUCCGUAAAAAUGAUUGUUUGGUUCGUUUAAACAUUGUAUGAAAAUAUGUGCUCGUUGAGUGUUUGUUCAUUGUAGAACUGUUCUGGACAUUUUGUGUAUUUUAUGAUUUUGAAUGAUUUUUGUUAUGUUUUAUGAAAAUAUGUAUACGAACGAAACUAUAUAGGAAUGACAACAGUAACAGACCCAAAGUGCUUAUUCAAAUUAUUUGUUCAAUUUUGAGUAGAAAAACGUUUAUGAACAAUAUUGACGAGUAGGAACUAAUGAAAUAACUUUUGAAGUUAUACCAAAUUAUAAUGUAAAAAAAAACUCAGAGUAAACAAAAAAACAUCUUUAAGGCGGUAAAACGAUUCACGGAACAAUACACUCUUCGUCUUUAGCGUGGAAGAAUUGGUUUUUUUUUACAAUUUGAGCACAAUGACGACUAAAAUGACUGCUGCUAUUGUAAUCGUCAUGACCAUCUUAGCAGCGCUUGUUCUACCAACAACUCAAUUGGCAAAUUGUCCAAACAGUUGCCACUGUAACGAUGAUACCCUAAUCGUUGAAUGUGGCGAAGGUCACUUGGACGUUCUACCAAUCGCCCUGAAUCCAUCGAUAAACCGUUUAGCCAUCAAAAACAAUAAAAUAAAAACUAUUGAUUCAUCGAUUCAAUUUUACGCCGAACUAACUUUAUUGGAUUUGAGCUACAAUCAUUUGUUCAACAUUCCACCGCGAACUUUUUACUAUCAGAAAAAGUUACAGGAAUUACACUUGAAUCACAACAAAAUCGGUUCAAUAUCGAAUAAAACUUUUACGGGACUUACAACUUUGACAGUUUUGAAUUUAAGAGGAAAUUUCUUGGAUGAAUUGAGCCAAGGCGUUUUUGCAUCGCUAAGCAAUUUGGAGGAAUUGAAUUUGGGACAAAAUCGAAUAUCACGCAUCGAUUCCAAUGCCUUCGAGGGACUAACCAAUUUACGAAUACUGUAUUUGGAUGACAAUACACUAACAGCCGUGCCAUCGCAGUCGUUUCCAUUUUUAUCCCGUCUAGCCGAACUGUAUUUGGGUAUCAAUACGUUUGCAUCGGUCGGUCAAGGUGCAUUCGAAAAUCUGAAGGAACUGAAUCUACUCGAUUUACGCAGUUCGUCGCUGAAUAACAUAUCCUUGGACACAUUUAAAGGACUGAAUGCGGUUCGAGUGUUAGAUUUAUCGGAUAACCGUUUGAAGCGUAUCCCAACGGUGGAGCUGAGCCAACUGACGAGAUUGGAGUCACUUGUUCUGGGACAGAAUGAUUUCACAAUUAUUCCGGAGGGAGCAUUUUUCGGAAUGACCAAUUUGAAACGUAUCGACAUAUCCGGUUCACUGAAGUUGACUAAAGUCCAGGCUGGUGCAUUUGCUACAAAUCCGAAUUUGGAGUCAAUUGUCUUAACGGCGAAUAAAGGUUUAGUGGAGCUGCAAGAAGGAGCUUUGAGUGGAUUGCCCCAUUUGAAGAAAGUGAUUUUAAGGGGAAACUCAUUGACAACACUAGCUGAAGGACUGUUUCCGUGGUACAAUCUCGAAACUUUAGAUUUGACUGAAAAUCCUAUCAUUUGCGACUGUCGACUGGCUUGGUUACGAAAUUUGUUAGCUUCGCGAAACAUCAGUCAAACUCUCGAGCAUGUACUAUGCGCGGCGCCAGAAAGACUUCGUGAAGAGCCGUUAAAGAUUUUGUCACUAGAACUCUUAGGCUGCUCGCAUUUAGACUCACGAAGACAAGCCAUGGUUGGAGUUAUCUUGGUAGGAGUAGCAGCUUUGACAACCACUUUACUUCUCAUAUCCUACAAAUGCCGGAGACAGAUACGGGAAAUGAUUAAAGGUCGAUGGAGCAGCACACCUCUCAGUCAAAAGGAACGUGAAUACCAGAAAACAUUUACGGACGAAGACUACAUGUACCGUCAUCCCCAUCAAUGUAGCUUCAGCGGUCAUCCAACCUUGAACCACUACACACACCAUCAUCCCGGUGUCCGGUCAAUUCCGAUAACGGAAUUAUAGCUAGAGGCCCCUCCUCCACCACCACCGCGGAGGAGUCCCAUUCAUCAAUUAAAAGUGCCUGUGGAAAAUAACGCAUGCGGAACGAAUUUCAUUCAAUUGAGCCAAGACCAUUUGUAUCCCGAAGCGAAAGUGUUGAACGGUUAUCCGAAUUAUAAUCCACCGCCAUCGCCGAAUCACUAUUCGGAAAUCUGUUUAAAUCAAGAUAGUUACGUGAGAAGUCAAAGUUAUAAUUUCAGUUCGAUGCGAUUGUCGCCGAAUAAUCAAAGAGUGUACGACAGUGAGAGAUAGCAAGGAAAUUGAAAUGUUUGUGUGAGAACGUUUUAUCUAUCAGCGACAUAGUUCGCCAUUAUAUUGACUAUUGAUAUUGAUCUUCAAAACUUUUACUUAAAACUCUAUUUAUGAAUUGCAUUCUUUUUAUCAUCGUAAAUUAUUCGACUUAAGACUUGUAAAUUUAUGUGAAACAGAAAUUGUUAGUGAUUUUAGAGAUUCAAUAGUUUCGAAAGAUAAAAUUUGAAAAUUGUACAUAAUGAAGGAAGGAUUGAAAGGAAACUAUUCUUAGUGUUAUAAGGCAAAAAAAGAGACUUGUGAUAUUUAAUUUUAUUAUGAAAAAUCAGUAUUGUAUCUAAAGCAAUAAAUUUAUUUCCG